AUGGCUUGUCUCGGGCGGCAGCCCAUUGUGGUGGUGCCCUUCACAGGCAGCACGUCUGAGAAUGACAUGUUGGGGGGCCUUGCCCCUGUCAGCCCUGCCUAUCAAAGGCAGCAAGCCAAGCUAGGACGGGCCAAAUCUGCCAGGAGAGAGCUUGAGCACAUUGCUGGCCCAGUUCCUUCCGGCCUUCAAAAUGGCUUUGCCAUCUGCGGUUUGCGGGCGGGCGCUGCUCAAGAAGUGGUUCUGGAGCGCUUGAAUGAACCCAUGGAGGGGGAUUUGCAGCUGACUAUACACUCAGGAAAGGAGCAGAAAGUUGCGGCGGGCCAAAAUGCGCGCUUGCACUUCACCUCUUCGGAUGAAUCCCGCUUAUCUCUGGCCGUGCGGAGCAGAUUGCUGACCCAUCGGGUCACUGCCUUGGGGGUCGUGCCAAACCAACCGACACUCCCUGCUCAAGACGAGCUGGCCGCGUUGCUGAUGCUUGUCCGUCAGCAGUACCCUGGCCUCAGCGAGGACCAGCUGGGGCAGUUUGUGAGCUUUCAUUACACCCUGUUCCGACAGCUCAUUCCAAAGGUGCCGGAGGGUUACCAGAUUACCAUGCGUAAUUUGAAGCGGGCUCUCAGCGCCUACAAUCUUGGCCAAGAUGAGGCACGUGCACGAAAAAUGGCCUAUGGAAGCCAUGUGGUGGAGGCUUCAGAAAGGCAGACUUGGGCCGCGGACUGGUUGCCAAAACUUGCCAACACCGCACACCAAGCGUGGUCUAGCAAGCAGCUGGAGCAGGUGGAAGCGCUCGACCUGCCUAGCGAGCUGUGCACUGGCUCAGUGCCAACGGUUGGUCUCAGAUGGGUGGCGCGCACUGCGGGCCAUGGUGUGGACGGGUCAGUGCCAUUGCCUUUGCAAGAUCAGAUGGUAAUCUACAACAAGCCCCACUUGAAGCAGGUCUUGGUGGAGAAAUCCGCUGCAGCCUUCCUGGUAAGCGUGCACAACUGGACUGGCGGCAACGUGCCCCUGAGUGUAGCACAGUCUAACACGGGCUCCGAUGCUGCGCUGCAUCACACGGUCUUGCAGCCAGGUGAGUCACACGCCUUCUGGACGCCCGCUUUCAAAGGAGACAGGCUACUCUCCACUCUGGCUGCUUGGAGCCCUGGGUCUGCAGCAGCGCUGCUGGUUUUCUCCGUGGAACUUGCAGCCGCGAGCAGCGCGCCUGAAGAACCUUCUUUGGGCGCGUCGUCAGCUGAAUUGCAAGAGCAAGAUUUGCUGGAGCCGCGGCAGAUGACAUCGAUGUCUACUCGGCUGAACAAUGCGGGGAAGCGGCCCGACUUUGCCCGCGCAGAGAGUGGCCCGGAACAUGAGCAGAAGGAAGAGGUGGCUGGAGGUAUUCAGCCUGAUCAAGCUGCGCAGUCUUCCUCCAGCGACGCCAGCCGCAGCAGUCCCAGCGGCACCAGCAGCGCCAAGGAAAAGGAAGCUGAGAGUGAGAGCCUAGCAAACGUGCCGGGCUUAAGCUGCGAUGCCAGCACGCCUCUGCCCCAGGAAGCUGGUAGUCCAUGCGAAACAAGUGAAGCAGGCCUGGGUGUACCAGGUGACGACUGUGCCAGUAAAGGCAAUCUGGGGCAUGAGGCAGACGUUGGCGGCGCAAGCUCAGUGAAGCAGCAACCAGUUGGUCAGGCGGGCCCUGGGCAGAGCAGAGGCGGGCGAGAAGCUUGGGAGGGGGCCGCCCAGCCAGCAAGCUGCGCAAGCAGCGAAGACCCUUCAGGCGGCUAUCCCAGGAGCUCCGAGAAGCCAGAGGCAGGGCAGGGCAAGUUCGCAGGAACGCGAAGCAGUGUGUCACGCGGAGCAGCUGUUGACGGCAUCAGAGGGAGCAGCGGAGCAAAUGACAGCACCAAAAAGGGUCGUGGGAAUGGGGCCAAAGGCUGCGGCUCCAGAGACCACAGAGCGGUUGGUGCUGUUGGAGGCGGCCUUGUGCAGCCUGCAAAUGCUGGAAGUUCUAACAACAACCCCGAGGCACGCAGUUACCGUGGUGACAGUGGCAAUGGCAGCAGCGGCGAUGGCCCGCGUCCCCACCCUGUUGGCGGAGGAGGAAGAGACGGCCGCGUUGGCGGCAAUGGCAGCGGCAACAGCGAUGGCCAGCGCCCCCGCCGUGGCGGAGGAGGCGGAGGUGGCGGCGACGGUGGCUGGCAUCCUAGUCAACCGCUCAUGGCGGAAGAAGCGAUUCAGGCAGACCAGGGUGGUGAUCGAGCUCGUGAAGAUUGCCAGAAGGGCGCCAAGGAAGGCGGCUCUGGCACUGACUUGAACAAGACCCAGACCGGAGCAAAGUUCGAACGUCAGACCGCAUGUUCCGAGAGCUUUGCGCAGCCUCCGCAAAGCUGCCAGGCCCUAAAUCACACAGCAACUGGAGCAUCUCUGAAGGUGGAGCACCAGGUGAAAGCCAACACAGGCAUCCUGGCAGAUGCCAAGGCCUUGACGGCCACAGAGACCGGAGCUUCUGGCUUUGUUGAUGCGUAUACUGUAGGGGCCACUGGCAUCCAGGCAAAAGCCGCAGCACUUGAAGUGAAGUUGACUGGAGCGGACUUCUCCGUGAAAGCAUUCACUGCGGACGCCACGGGCCUGCAGGUUUCUGCUAAGGCCCUGAACUUUAAUCACGACAAUCUCUCUGCCAGCUUGACCGCCCUUGCCGCAUCGGCCAAAGGUGUUGACGCUAGCGCCAUGGCGCUGACCAGCAGCAGCACAUGCGUGUCUGCGUCCAUGACACUUUUGGAUGCCAAUGCUCUUGGCGCUGCGGGGAGUGCCAAGGCCCUCACAUUCACACACAAGACUGUGUCCUUGAGCGCAGAUGUUGGCAACGCCAAUGCUACAGGGGCAUCGGGUUCUGCCACUGCCAUGCAGAUGGACAUGGUCGGUGUGGAGACCAACCUAGGAGCUCUCAGCGCGAAAGCCACCGGAGCCUCUGCCUCUGUCAACUGUGGCAACGUGAAGGUCAACCUUGUCUCCAACAGCGUUGACUUUGCCACGGCUUCGGCCUGCGGCGCCAGCUCCUCGGUGAAGGCUGGCAAAGUGAACCUCCAGCCUGACGGAGGCUCGAAGAAGGCCUUUGAGGCCACUGCCAUGGGGGCGAUGUCCACUGUGGAUGUGGGGCCAGAGUUCCUGCCUGACAUUCCACUGGGGAAGGCCGCUGCCUUCGGGGCCGUGCUGGGCGUGACCUUCAUCCCAAUCCCCGCGCCUCCAAUCCCUUUUGCCUUUCCGAUUGCCAUCAACAUCUUCAAAGCCAGUGAGACACGCGGGAACGAUGGAGACACCGAGGGAAAAGGUAACAAGGGAGACAAUGGCAAGGGCCAAAAAAGCGGGGGCGAUGACAGUGGUGACAAGAAGCCUCCCAGCAACCCCAAGUCUGGCAAAGAGGCCAGGGAUGAUGGAAAGGAAAACCCAGAGCGGCGGCAGCCUAAAGAUGCCUCCUCAAAGCCGCAAGCAAAGCCAUCCUCAGAGCAGUCUUCGUCCUCAGCCUCGGGCAGCAACGACAAGAAACAGCCACGGCCUUCAAAGAUGGAAGGGAACGGAGCAAGCCUUUUUGAUGAGCUAGCGGCGAUGUUUGAGCCCUCAAAGGCGCAGGAUCGGGAGCCGGAGGCGCAGGCAUCUGGUCGUGCCCAGCAGGACUCGGGCCAAUCUCACGCUGGAGACUGCAGGGACUCCUUCGGUGUGAAGGUCAAGGAACCGCCGCAUUUGCCGCCCCAGCGCGCGGAGAACGAGUCUUGUAGCUCCAAGGUACCAGAGCAGCCUUUGAAGAAGGCAUACACCGCGAAGACGGGACCCGAUCAAAAGCCUGGAGAAGCCCCUGCAUUGAAGUCAAGCAAGAAGGGGGAAAUCAGCAAGCCUCCCAAGGUCAAAGGAGAAGCUGUCAGGAAACAAGCGCAAGGAGGCAGUUCAUCCAUGUCUGGUGAUCAAGUUGGCUCUUCUUCGGAGGCGAAGGACCAGCAGAAAUCCCAAAAGGAUCACCCGGUGGUUCCUGACAAACUGCCCACGACAGGCACCACAUCCAAGCAGCAGAGUGACAGCCAAAUCCCAAAGUCGCGGAUGUGUGACGGCAGCUCGACCCAGAAUCCUUCCACAGACGCCAUGGGGAAGGCAGACAGGGUGGAAGAUUCGCCCUUUGCGGAGACGCACUCUCAGGAGCCCAAGAGCAGUCCCAGCCUUGAAAGCCAGUCGACUGGCUCAAAGCUAAACCCCCCAAAGCCCGUCAAGGUGACAGAGGAGCAUUUUCGAGAUGUUCCGAAGGAGGAUCCCAUUCACAAAUUUGCCAGGCAUGAUGUUCGCAGCGAUCAGCAGCAGGAAUGGCAGAAGAGAAAGAACCAGGCCGAAGCCCAACAGAAGCAGGCUCCCAAGCAAGGAGCAAGCAAAGAGAGCUGCGCCAAGGAGCCUCGCACAUAUCAAGCGGCAGCAGGCGGGGAAGCCUUCUAUGAUCCCAAGCUCCAGUGCUACUUGCCGAAGGACCUGAAUUCUGCGGCGGACCGUGACGCGGCCAAGGCGCUAGCCUUGGACAGGGUGCUGAAGACCAACGAGAAAAGAGUUAGGAAGGAACGUGGCAACACGCUGGUCGCUGCGCAGUGUGAGGUCACGGGAGCUGCCACGGCCUUCAGUUCGACGCGUGGGCCAGACAACAAAAAGGCCUUGCAGGAAGAGACGAGCGGCGCUCCGCUUGUGUCAAGGUCCUUGGAGCAGAUCAACAGGGAAGAGCGAGGAAACGGCCAUGGCUUUUGCGGGGAGGUCAGCGCAGCAACAGAUUUUGUCCGAAGAAACAAGGAGCAAGUUGAGAAGCAGCGGGAGGAACCCAGCAAGAAUCAUGAGACUGUGUUCUACCAGCCCAAGUUCACAGCCUACAGGACCGACGAUGUCAAAAAGUAUGCCGGCGACGUGGUGAAGCAACCGGAUUUGAUUGUGCCCCCAUGCGCUUCCUGUGAGAAGAGCAUGGCAUCGAUGCAAGUCAAAGCUGGGCGACCCCCGCAUGCGCCAGAACCGCCCAAAGCGCCCUCCGUCUCCAGCGCCGCACCGAGCUCCGGGGUGCCCAACGAUUUCGAAGAGCCCAACUCCCAAAAUUUCCACCAGCGCAGGUUGGAGGGGGGGCGCUGGCGUGACGUCCACAAGGCGCACGUGCAAGACCCAAGGGGCUUCGGCGGCGACAAGCAAGAAAUGAGGUACAAGGACACCGGCGAGAAAGCCGAGGAUGUGCCGUUGGCGAAAAUAGGGCCUGACAGGGCAGUUCCAAAGCUGAAGAUAAGGCCUGGCAAAGCAGGUGACCAGAGCACGUUCGCCCACGGUGAAGACACAGCUGUCCGGCGUGACAUGAGGAAAGUGUUCUUGGAACUCACACAGCCUGUUCUAGGAUGUGGGCCAUUGAUAAGCGCCACCUCCGACGCAGUGCCCCGACCCAACGAGAAACUUCCCAUCGUUGAGAAGCAACGGGCCAGGGAGAAAGCGCCGGAGCGGCCGCCGCCCAAGCGCUUUGAGACAGGAGACAUUGGAGCUUACAGACUGGAAGAAGUCCAGCUGACACCUCUGCCAGCUUCAUCAUUUCAAGGAGAGCUGGAAGGCGGUUUGCCGCCAGAGAUAUCGGAGAAGCUGCAUAGCCUCAUUGACUUGGCAGACUCCAAGAUUGCUUCCUGCUUGCCGCCCGAGCUCCGGGGGCAAAACCUGCCCACCCGCAUUGUUUGCGACUGGAGCGUUUGCUCUCCUGAUCACCAGACAGCUGUGGCGAGCAUCGUGGGAGCUGUGGAACGCCACCUCUGCUGCAAGCUCCUGGCCAGCGGGAGCCAUGCGCAGGGCCAGCCGACUCUGGUGAGGUCAGCAAGCGAUGGGCCACCAGCAUGGCAGGACGCUUUGCUCCUAUGCAAUGGUCGCGCUCAACAAGAUCUUGGUCCUCCUCCGCACGCUUUGGCUGGGGAGCUGGUAAUCCAUCUUUCCGCUCAAGAAAGGCAAUUGCCUUUCGCUGGCGGGUCCUCAAGGAAAGUGGGUGCAGUUGCGCAGGUCUUCCUGAGCCGUAACAAAGGCGAAAGUUUGGCUGGGAUCUAUGAUCAGCUUGGAGCGUCGCUGAAAGAGGCAGCGCAGGCAUUGAGCCUCUCCAAGCCUAAACUUCUGCCCUACGAGCUGCCUCAGCUUCCGAUUCCCGUUUCCGAAGACUUUGAGCGCCUGGUGCAGAUGUGCGGGCAGAAGACCCCUGGGCAGGCCACCACCUUGGUGCCCAGCCGGCAAUUCGCCAAGCCGCCGAGCUUCCCACAGCCAAUGGCGGAGGGCCAGCUUUGCAGCCUCAAUCCCGCCGCAGCAGCAUGCUUUCAGCGCUGCUUGGAAGAAGCGCAGCACCGACUCAAGGGCGACCUAGCAGAGCCGACCAGGUACUUGCACAGUGUCCCUGCGCAGCAGGGCGGGGAGAUCACUGUGGAUGGCUUGAUACGCUACUUUGCACAGAAGAGCAUGGACCUUUAUGAAAGGAAAUCACAAGGCGCAAUGUUUGGAUAUUUCUUUAGCAUGGUCAUUGAUGUCGCGCUGGAUCCUUGCUUAUUGCAGCUGCUCUUUUCCUUUCUGGCUUUCGCGCCCAAGUGCGCACUCAACUUCAGCAUCAUUGCGUUUGACAGGCGCAGCCAAGGCUGCGCAGUGUUGAAGGCUCCAGGGCAGCGACUCAGUGCUGAUGAGCGCGCUGCUGUCGUGGCAGCUCUUGCCAGCAGGCACCUCCGAUGCGACCAAACACUUCCCCCGGGAUACGGGCUGGUAGCCGCGUUCAAUCGUGCCGUGGAAGAUUGCCGCAAGCAGGCGCAAUCCUCGCGACACACGCGCGUGCUGCUGUUGACCAGCAAUCCGGGCGCAUGCGGACCCACUCAGUGCCUGGCUGAGACGCAGGCCAAGGCCUGCAAGGACUCUACAGCAUGUUUCGUGGUGACCACUCAUCCCUGCGAAUGGUGCAUCGCUGGCUUGGGCAUAGAGCGUGCAAUGAUGUACACGGGCUGUGUGAGCAGUUGCUUGGCCAAAGUCUUUGUGCUGGAGCCACCCAAGCUGCCACUUACUCAAAGAUGCCUGCCGACUCCCAAUCAGUUGAGGGAGCCUGAGAUGUCCAGCUGGGCAAAAACCUUGGGGCAGGCGUUUCAACCACGUCCGGUGGACACCUCAGGCACAGGCCCAGCGGGUGUGAUUCUGCAUGCCGAGACCAUGGACUAUAUUCCCGCUGGCUCGAUUUCCGGGCGAGUGGCUGCAGACACCACGGGGGAUCUGUUGGAAGGCGUGUCCGUCGCCGUCUACGCCGGACAGUCCAUGCCCUGCGGGACCGGUGCCUCCCACGCGGGCGCUCCAUCGGGCAACAACUACGUCAUUGGUGGCCUCGCUGUUGGCAGCUACCGGGUUGUUUUCACCAAGCCCGGGUACGCGGAUGAAGCCAUGCACUUUAAGGUCAGGGAAGGCGUUCAGGCAGUGCUACCAGAUGCGUGGAUGAAGGAGGCCACAGUGGUCAUUUCAGGAAAGGUGGUUGAUGAAAAUGACCAAGCGCUUGCAGGCUCCGUUGUGCAAGUCCGCGGCAACGGCUUGUGCUGGGAGUUGGAGACUGAUGAAGCCGGCGCCUGGAGCAUGGAAACCACGGCAGGUCUCUCCUUAAAAUGCACAGCGCGCUGCAAAGGCUACAUUGCAAAGCAAUUCAGCUGUGAUAGCGCAGGAGACUACGUCAGUCAGUUGAAACCUGAUGACAUCGUGAUCACAGGGCGGGUCAUUGACGCGGCUUCUGGAAUGGCAUUGCCGGGAGCAGGAGUUGUUGCCCAACACGGGACAGUGCUUCAGCAGUGUUCCGCGCUUCAGGAUGGUACCUUUCAGUUUUGCUUCCAGGCCACGCCCACCAUGGAUCCAGUGCUGGCGGCUGUUCUUCCAGGCUACAGCCGGCACAUCCAUAGCCCAGGAGCUUUGUUUGGUGGAAGCACCGUGCAUGUGGGCGACUUGCCCUUGCAGCUGGCGCCGGCGACCGUCCGGGGAUCUCUCUGCCACGCCCGCACUGGGCAGGCGCUGGCCGGCCUGAAGCUCGCAGCAGUGGAUGAGGCUCAGGUGCUCUGGGAAGGUGCUUCGGAUGAAGCUGGAAGCUUCAGCGCUGUGCUGCCACCCCAAGCUUCAGGCAGCGCUGGGUAUAGGCUCAUUGCGAAUGAGCCGCUCUUCCACCCAGUAACGGUGACACUUCCACGCCUGGGCCCGGGGGAAGAGGUUCUGGUUCCAGCGCUGGAGCUGGAUCCAGUCCCUGCUCACUUGCAAGGUGAUUUUUUAGGCAGGAAAGGGCCUUCCGGGCAGUGGUCAUGGCCCAUUCGGGGGUCUCUUGUGAAUGCUGAUCCUGACUUUGUCACAGAGGAGAACGGCUACUUCCGGGCUGAAAUGGAGUCGGGGCUGCCCGCCACUUUGCAGUUUCGUUCUGCAGAUCCCAAUCAGUACUAUCCAGCAACAAGCACUGUGCCACCGCUCAAGCCUGGGCAGCUUGUUUCCAUUGAAACAGUGCGAAUGGAACCAAAGCCUGGCUUCAUUUGUGGCCAAGUGCUGGAUGAGGACAGUCGCAUAGGCAUCAACCAAGCACAGGUCAUCGUCUCCGAACUGGCCACUGGGACUGGGGCAAAUGAGAGGAAGUGUUUGCAGGUGGAGGCAGAUGCACACGGCCACUAUCGAGCAGGACCCUUGCCUGCGCACGGAAUGUACAAGGUCUCUGCAAGCCGCUCCUCUUGCGAAUCACGGCAUUUGGUGAUGAACGGCCAGCACAGCGUGCAGCUAGCGCCCGGCGAGGAGCUCAAUGAUGCAAACAUUUUCUUGCCCGAGCUCGUGGCUUUGCACGGCACGGUGACGGAUUUAGAGCUUCAGCAUAAGCUGAAAGGGGUGGCAGUCGUGGUGAGGACGCGUGACCAAAGCCGGAGGGGCGAAAGCGAGGAAGUCAACUCCACCACCACACGCAGUGAUGGAAGCUACUCGCUUCUUCUUCGUUCCGGCAGGGAUUACGCGGUGAGCUUUUCCCUCCCAGGGUAUGAGGAAACAAGCUUCGAGCAGGUAGCCGUGCCUGCGGCGAGCAGCCUCAAGCUUGACGCGACGUUGCGCCAGACAGACGGCAUAUUGGCAGGGCGCACCUUUGAUGCUGACACUGACUCACUUCUGCCCGGGGUCUUGGUCUCAGUGCUGAAAGAUUGCAACAUCGUCUACCAGUGCAGCUCGGAUGACAAGGGUUGCUACUGCCUGAAUGUUCGGCCCAACAGCUACGAGCUCCGCUUCAGCUGCGACCCCACCUACGAUCCCAAGGGCGUGCGAGGCGCAGCAGUCUCUCCAGGCGCAAAGCUCCUGACGGAUGUUGCGUUGCAGCAGCGGGAAGGGAGCAUCGCGGGCAAGGUGAUAGAUGGCGAGACCAAAGCUGCUCUCGACAACGUUGCUGUACAGCUCAAAGACGCCACUGGAGCCGUUGCUUACCAGACGAUGACGGCGGGUGAUGGCACCUUCGCGCGAAAAGUCCGACCAGGCAGAGACUACACCCUCCACUUCAGCAGGGAGAGCUACGAAGAUGCCGCCUGGACGGGGACGGGGGAACAGGAGGUCACAGUGCCGAAGCCUGUGAAGGUGACUCCAGCAGAAGAGAAGCAGCUGAAACCGCAGAAGUUGAUGCAGCUGCGUGCAAAGUUGAGCGGCACGGUGCGGGAUCAGGAGAGCCAGGAUCCUUUAGAAGGCGUCUUGGCGGAGGUCCGCGAUUCCAGAACUCAUGAGGUAGUGAAGUCUGUUUUGAGCGAUGCAAGAGGAAGGUGGCGAGCGGAGGGCGUGCCUCCCAACCGUAGCUACGUGAUUUGGCAGAAGCGGGAGCCUCACUACGAGCCCGGGGAGGUGCGGGGCGGCGCGCCCAACGUGAGCUGCGGCGAGGAUCGGGAAAACUUGGACGGAGCCCUUCGACAGCACCGCGCCACCAUCAGCGGCACGGUGGACGACGCUACCUUCAGCAACCGCUUGAGCGGCGUGAAAGUUCUAGCUCUCGCCCCGUCACAGGCCACCAUUUUCGCGACUGCUUACACGGACAGCCGAGGAGUCUACAGUAUGCAGGUACCUCCCGGCGUGUGUGUCAUCAAGUUCACCCGCGCGCAGUAUGAAUCGGGGUACUUCCGCUCGACAACAAGCACGCCCCGGGUGAAGUAUGAAGCCAAGCCGCUGACGUUGCUGCCACAGCAGAGCAUGGACCGCAUCCACGGCCUGUUGCAAGGUAAGCCCGGGCGCAUUGAGGGAACCGCUCGGGCCGCAGAUACCUCCAACACCUUGCAGGGCGUGAUCGUUCAGCUAGAAGACCCUGAGAGUUCGUCGAUCCUGGGAGUUUCAGCGCGCACAGACGCGAAUGGCAACUACAUCUUGGGGCCGGUGUACCCGAACUAUUACAAGGUGAAGUUUUCGGGCCAUGGGCGCUAUGACCCGGCCUACCACGGGGGUGUCGAAAAGGUGCAGGCCCGAAGAGUCCAGUUGACAGCCGAGGGAAACUUGACAGGCAUCAAUGGGAAGUUGCCGCCCAAGAAGUGCGAAUUGACUGGGCGAGUUGUUGACAGCGAUACCGGCAGCCCUUUGCAAGGAGUGCAAGUGACGACGAGCUCGCGGCCAGCGGUGAGGACGGACAGCAGCGGAAGGUUCACAAUCCCUGGAUGUGACAGCGGAAGACGCUACAACUUAGGCUUCCAGCGACAUGGCUACUAUUCCUCUUCGGCUGGCCCCUACGGGUUUGCUCGCCCAGGGGAGCGCAAAAACACCGGCGAGCACGACAUGGAAAGGAUUCCAGAUCCACCGCCGCCGCCGAGAGGAGGCAACCAAGGAGGCAAUACAAACUGUUUUCCUGCAGGAUCGCUGGUCCUUGUCCAAGGCGAUUCGGGCAACCAGCAAGUCCCAGUGCAAGACCUUGUGCCGGGGUCCACGCGAACUUGCACCUUCGACUUGCAAAGUGGCAGCAUUGCUCCGGAUGGUGAGGUGCUUUUGGACUGCCACGAAACGCAGGAGGAUCAACAUGUGCAGGUUGCAGAUUUCUUGGAGGUGUGGCAUCAGUCAGAGGCGCCACUGCGCCUCUCAGAGAACCAUAGCCUCUUCGUGGGGCACUUGGACUUCCCCAUUCCCGCUUGCAAGCUGAGGGAGGGGGACUGCAUCUGGCGCAUGCAGAACGGCAGCCUUGUCCCAUCCAGGGUUUGCUGCGUGAAGCGGGUGAAGGCCAGCGGCGUGUACGCGCCCAUCACACCAAGUACCCGCUUGAUCGUGCAAGGCGUUGCGGUGUCGUGCUUGGUGGUGCAUUCCGACGCACACGCCGGAGCACGGGGGCAGAGCACUUGGCUCUGCCGCCACGCCGAGUCCAUCUUCAAGGCAGCCAUGAUCCCUCUGCGGCUCUACCGAUGUUUGCCUGCUUCUUUGCGACUAGCAAGGCCGUGUGGAGGCCAAGUCCACCCCUAUGCCAGGGCCCUCAUCAGCCUGGCGGACCCUCUCCUCCAUUGCGUCAACCACUUUGGCAAAGCCAAAGAGUUCUAG